AUGUUCGAACAUUCGAGAUUCCUCAAUCUUUUACUGGAAGAUCAAUGGUGGCUCAGCGGCAUUUUCCGUGAUGUCUACUUGCUCAGCUUUCCUCAAGCGCGAAUAGAGGACUUCAAAGUUGAAACACUUCUGGACGAUAAUUACGUGGAUGCUAUACUAUCAGUGGAUGUUCUUGUGAACGCACCGAUGACUGUCACUCUGGACCUUGUCGAUGCACAGAAAAACAAAGUCGCGUCGGCUUUCAAACAGGCAUUGGGUACGGGAAAUGUAAACUUCAAACUUGACGUCCAAGCUCCAAAGAAAUGGACUGCAGAAACCCCAUAUCUUUAUUGUGCAAUCUUGAAGGCUGGGGACGGAACCCAGCAGACCAUCUCUCAGCGUGUUGGAUUCCGUCAAGUCGAGAUCAAGGAUGGAAUCAUCACUGUCAAUGGAAAGAGAAUUAUUUUCCGCGGCACAAACAGGCACGAACAUCACCCCAAAUUCGGCCGUGCUGUACCAUAUGAGUUCAUGCGCAACGACCUCAUACGCAUGAAAUUACACAAUAUUAACGCCAUUCGCACUUCCCACUAUCCUAAUGAUGCACGCCUGUACGACCUCGCAGACGAGUUAGGGUUCUGGAUAAUGGAUGAGGCCGACCUCGAGACACAUGGCUUCUCCUACGUCGAGCUUGCAGCUCUCACUGAAGAGGACAAGAAGUUGUCCAAGAAGGGGGUCAUCUCUUUAGAGUGCGGCCGCGCCACAGAGUGGAUUACAAACAAAACUGAAUGGGAAGAGUCAUAUGUCGACCGACAACGACAAAUUGUAUCGCGUGACAAAAAUCACCCGUCGGUCAUUAUCUGGUCUCUUGGCAAUGAGUCUUACCACGGGAAAAAUACAAUUGCCGCAUUCAACUGGGUCAGGGAACACGACACGACGAGGCCCAUUCAUUACGAGGGAGACCGCGAUGCCGAAGUUGUAGAUAUGUAUAGUCUGAUGUACCCUGAGAUCCCGGAGGUUUUACAGCUGGAAGCUACCUCGCCUCAGAAGAAACCUAUACUACUAUGUGAGUAUCUGUACGGCAUCGGCAACGGAUCAGGAGCUAUCAAGGAGUACAUCGAGCUUUUCUACAAAUACCCGAGAUUACAAGGAGGUUUCGUAUGGCAGUGGGCGAGCCAGGGCCUUGAGACUCAGACGGAGGAUGGGGAGACAUUUUAUGGCUAUGGUGGGGACUUCCACGACAUUAUCAACGACGGUCGUGAGAAUACACAUGGAUACAACUUUUCCGACCACACAGCAAAGCCCGCGCUUGCAGAGUUGAAAAAGGCUCUUGAACCAGUUCACGUUAUUAACGGGACCGCAACUAGCUUCACCUUCAAGAACAUGGGACGGGUUUCGCACAGAAGCAACAGAAAUUUCUUUUCCAAGUAUUAA